CUACAGUCCGGCACGUACAAUACCGAGAUAUGAGUCUGCCUUUUAUUCGUACAAAGGUCUAGGUUUCCGGAACACACACACACACACACACACACACGUGGUUUCGGUUCACCAGCUGAGUUUCUUUCCAUAAAACUAUCGUCGUGUUUAAAUCUUACUUUUAUACCCGGAAGAAGUUUUCCUCGCUCACCUGUUAUACACAGGUGUUCAUUAUGGUGCAGUGGAUCAGCUUCACGUUUGUCCUGAUGGCCAUCGUGUCCCAAACGGCGGAGGGGAAAAGAGACAAAGUGCUUUACUGCUCAGCCUGCAUGGCGAUUGCUGACGAGCUGAAACACUCGAUCAGCCAGACUGACCCCAAGAAGACCAUCCACGUGGGAGGCUUCAGGCUGAAUCCUGACGGAAGUCUGACUGAUAAAAAGGUUCCUCUGGCUCGCUCGGAGACUCACCUGUCCGAGCUGCUGGACGGAGUUUGUAAUAACAUGAGCGAUUACGCGCUUUACGAGGAUCCCGACACCAAACAACGCAGCUACAGGAGAUUCGCACCGAGGAGCAGCGAUGGCGGGAACUUCCCCGACUUCAAAAACUUUCAAUUCUCCGGACCCGAAGGUUCAGACGCCCUGAAGUUUGCUUGUGAAAGCAUCGUGGAGGAGCUGGAGGAUGACAUCAUCGCUCUGUUCGCACGGGAAGACGAGGAUGUGGCCCACAAGUUGUGUAGUGAAGUGUCAGCUCACUGUAAAAACACAGCGUUUCAGCGCGCUGAUCUUUGAUUUUAACACCAAUCACCUGGAACUCUCCGAGCCGAGCCGCGACCCGAACAGUACCACGACGACGGACCAGAACAAACCAGGGUGAAGUGUGUGUUUACACGGCGCUGUGAUGUUCAGCUGUAAUAUUAGUAUUUUAUAAAGAAUAAUAAAAGUGUUUUAAAUAAA